AUGGCCGCUACGAACAACCCAAAUGCUGGUGGGCGACCAUUGCCCCAAAUACUUGAGGAGCAAACUCCUCACACUGAAGAUUACCCACGGAGACCUGGGAAACAACCAAUGAUGGACCACGACCCAGACGAGGGGAGUGCAUCCUCUGACUCUCGAGGACCGCCUACUCCGAAGCCUGACGAUGACCUCUACUAUAAUCCUGAGAGGUAUAUCCCCAUUAUUGAACUAGAGAAUCGCCAACUAUGCCAACAAUUGGCUAGACAGGCCGCUGAGUUCCAGGCACCACCCCGAAGGCCCAAAGGACGUCCCUGCAGGAGCACAGCUGCUAGAAGGGUCGGACAAGGGGCUCAGCCAAGGCCUAGGGCAAACACUAGCGAUGAACGCCCUAGAAGGAAUACUCAAACCAAUACUACUGGCAACCCGAAUGUGGAGGUAACUACAGGAACAGGGAAUAACCGAGCUCCUCCAGCACCUCGGGGCUCUAACCCUGAAUCUGUCAAGAACAACCCAGAACAUGUCCGGGCCAAUUCUGGGCCUUCCAGGGCCAACAAUGGGAGCCCACCACCAUUGCCUAUAAGGCAUCCACCAUCUCUUAUUAGACACCCCUCACCAAUUCGAGAGGCACCCCGGCCAGAUCCUCAUAGGAACCAGGCAGGGGUACCUACACCACAAUGGCCAUCUUGUAGUGGCAGUCGAGAUGGGAAUCGUCGAACCCAACCUGGACAUAGGGGCGAAAGAGAAGCGACUCGAGAACACAGGGCUGCCCAGCCAAUGGGAAGCCACAUGUCAAGAUCACAAACAACUGGAGCAAGAAGGCUAGUGGAAGAUCCACCUCAUAACCACCAAGCCCAUCAUCCAGAAAGAAACGUUAGUUUCAUGAGUGGAAGCUUAGACCUCACUAGGUCUGUAAGCAUAUAUAAUACCGAACCCAGGAAUACUCAGAAUUAUGGCAAUAAUCCUAAUCUUUGA